AAAAAGACCGAAAACAAGCGUGGGUCUGGCAGAGACAUUUUGUGGGCAGGUUUUGCAGGAAUGGGUCGCAGGAGAGCGCCGGAGGCUAGGUCCCUCGGCCGGGCUCUCAUCCGCCAGCAAGUUCAGCGGAGCCGUAGCCACCGUCACACCGACUCCUGGCUGCACACGAGUGAACUCAAUGAUGGCUAUGAUUGGGGUCGUCUUAACCUUCAGUCAGUGACUGAACAGAGCUCCCUUGAUGACUUCCUUGCAACUGCAGAACUUGCAGGAACAGAGUUUGUAGCAGAGAAGCUUAAUAUUAAGUUUGUGCCUCCUGAGGCUAGAACUGGACUACUGUCUUUUGAGGAAAAUGAGAGAAUUAAGAAACUCCAUGAAGAAAACAAACAGUUCUUGUGUAUACCAAGGAGACCAAAGUGGGACCAAAAUACUAGCCCAGAAGAACUCAAACAGGCAGAGAAAGAUAGCUUUCUAGAAUGGAGACGUCAGCUUGCCCGGUUGGAAGAGGAACAAAAGCUGAUACUGACUCCAUUUGAGAGGAAUUUGGACUUUUGGCGCCAGCUCUGGAGGGUGAUUGAGAGAAGUGAUAUCGUGGUCCAGAUAGUAGAUGCUCGAAAUCCGCUCCUGUUUAGAUGUGAGGAUUUGGAAUGUUACGUGAAAACAAUGGACGAGGACAAGGAGAAUGUGAUUCUGAUAAAUAAGGCAGACUUGCUGACUGCUGAGCAGCGGGGUACCUGGGCCACGUUCUUUGAAAAGGAGAACGUCAAGGUCAUUUUCUGGUCUGCUUUGGCUGAAGCCAUUCACCUGAUUGGUGACACCAAGGACGAAGUAAACGGAGACACUGGAGAAGCCAUCACAGCUGAGUCUGAAAACUCCAGUUGCGACGAGGCUGAAAUUCCACAUGAUGAGACUGAACAUCUCCAAGGCAGGGGUUCUGUCUCACUCAGUGAAGUUGCCAGCAGUGAUGAAGAGGACAGUGUGUAUGAGGACUGUCGCGAGGAGGAGGAAGAUUGGCAGACGUGUUCGGAAGAGGGCAGCAACCCCGAUGAGGAGGCCUGUGGCCAGAACUGGAAUGAAAGUUGGACUGUGGAUUCUGAGGCUCAAGGAAGGAAGACCCUGCAGAAGAGGCAAAUACACAAUUUUAGCCACCUGGUGUCAAAGCGGGAAUUAUUGGAGAUCUUUAAGCAGCUACACUCUGGAAAGAAGGUGAAGGAGGGACAACUUACUGUUGGACUGGUGGGCUACCCGAAUGUUGGUAAGAGUUCAACAAUCAACACCAUCAUGGGCAACAAGAAAGUAUCUGUGUCUGCCACACCUGGUCACACCAAGCACUUCCAGACUCUCUAUGUGGAACCUGGCCUCUGCUUAUGUGACUGCCCAGGCCUGGUGAUGCCGUCCUUCGUCUCUACCAAAGCCGAGAUGAUCUGCAGUGGAAUCCUCCCGAUUGACCAGAUGAGAGACCACGUCCCACCUGUAUCACUAGUUUGCCAGAAUAUUCCGAGACAUGUUUUAGAAGCUACCUAUGGCAUCGACAUCAUAAAGCCGAGAGAGGAUGAAGAUCCCCAUCGACCUCCCACGUCAGAAGAACUGUUGACAGCUUAUGGAUAUAUGCGAGGGUUCAUGACCGCCCAUGGACAGCCUGACCAGCCCCGAUCUGCACGCUACAUCCUGAAGGACUACGUCAGCGGGAAGCUCCUGUACUGUCACCCUCCCCCUGGAAGAGAUCCCAUGACCUUUCAGCAUCAGCACCAGCGACUCCUAGAGAACAAAGCAAAUGGUGGUGAAAUUAAAAUGCAGCUGAGCGGAAAUAAAAGAGCAAAUCAGAUUGAAAAUGUAGUGGACAAAACUUUUUUCCAUCGAGAAAAUGUGAGAGCUUUGACCAAAGGAGUCCAGGCUGUGAUGGGCUACAAGCCUGGGAGUGGCCUGGUGACGGCAGCUACUGUGAGCUCUGAGAGAGGGCCUGGGAAGCCCUGGAAAAAACAUGGCAACAGAAAUAAAAAAGAGAAAAGUCGUAGACUCUACAAGCACCUGGAUACGUGAACUUGGGCUGCAACAGAAAUGGUAUCUGCAUUGUGCAUCUGUGGUGCUGUAGGGGGGGCCUGCCCUGGGGACGCGCACCCACACCCAACAGCCAGUGUCGAGACCAAGGGCUCCUCGGAGGACCGGCUCUGACAGUCAGUCAUCUCGGAGCCGCAGAAACCUGCUCCUCCAGAAGGCUGGACUUAAGAUGAGGGAAUGAAUGGUGUAUAUUUACUUAUGAAAACUUGUAUGCAAAUGCGUAGUCAUUUGUAAAUUGGGAGUUUUUUGAAAAGACAUUAAAAUUAAAUUGUCACUUAA